AUGCCCACAUGUCCUGGGGACGCCGCCGCGGGACACGACCCGCCGCCCUGGCCGGGAGACCCGCCGAGGGACGCGGAGCACCGCGCGGCCCUCGGGCGGCCGCGCCAUCCCCGGGCUCCGGCACGGCCGAGGGGCCGCGCGGGCCGGGGACACCAGGGACAGCGGCGGGGCGGUGGAGCGGCGCAGGCGGCGGCGGGAUGGCAUCCACCGGCGGCCCGCUCCCGGCUCCCAGCUCUCUGCUCCCAGUUCCCGUUCCCGCCCCGGCACACACCUGCCCGCCCCCCAGCACCCCCCGCCCCGCGCUGUCAGUCGCACCCACCUACCCCUGUGGCCGCCGCCGCCGCGGGUCCGGCGCGCCCCGCCGCCCCCGCGCCGGCAGCGGCACGGCACGGCACCGCACCCCCCCUUCCGCCGCCCGCCCGCCCCUUGCGCGGAGGUGGAGCGGCCGCCGGGAGGAACCAGGAAGUGAACGGCGGCGGCGGCGGGAGGCAGCGCGUCCCCGGCCCUGCCCUUCCCCGCCCCACCGAGGGCUCCCCGGCCCGUGGACGGGCACCGGCGCCGGGCCCCGUGCGGCUGCGGCCGCCUGCGCCGCCUGCGCGUUAA